AUGCGGACGCGCGAUAUCAAGCAAUGGCUCCGCGCUGCCGACCCGGCAGAAGCAGAGUCUCCGUAUGAUUCAGACGAUGAGAUGGCUCCUGACCAUGAAGAGCCGGCUCGUCCCUCUAUCAUGGAGGAAGCAGAAUCUGAUUGGGACGCAUUCAUAUCAUGUACGGCCUCGUUGCUCCGCGAGACCAAAUCCAAAAGGCGCCAUAAAUUCGUCAAUGAAACCAUUCCUAUGGUGGCGAAAGACCCAGAGACCACGUCCUCAGAGCGCGUGGCACUGUAUAAACUCCUUCUUGAGGCCUCUUUUUGGCACACGGACUUGAAUACGCGUUUCUAUCUCGUCCAAGCUGGCUAUGUGUUGCUGGAAGCAGACACAGCAUCAGCGCCAGCCAAGCCAUGCUCUAGCAUGCUGGUGGACGAAGCCGUGCAUGCACUGGAAGCUGAGACGGAGAGGCUGACGCGUCCUGACCUGUGCCACACCGAAACACGCGUACAGCUCGAGACGCUGUAUGCUUGGCUGCACUAUGUACUUACCGUUGCGAUAAGGGGAGACCAUGUAGCACUGAAGACGGACAAGGCAUUCAUUGAGCUCGUGAGAAUGCGUGCACGAGUCUAUGGCACACACAUGGCCCUACGAUUCCCAUGGAUUCAGCUGUUCCAUUGCAUUAUGACGAAGCACAGGGCAUGGGAAGAGGAUCUUUCGAGUCUUUCGUUGAUGCUACAUGUGGCACUGAAUAUUCAAGCACCUGAUGCUUGGGGCGCCUUUCUCAUGCAAGAGCGCAUCUUGUCCAAUGCGCAUUUUACCAAGGAACCCCACAAACAGGCUGCCCAUGAAUUGAUUGAGAGUGUCAAGGCACCCGUGCUGCAGUAUUACACAACCCAUGUGAUAUGCUCCAAGACGCCUGUGCCGCGCGCUGUGCGCGAUGCCAUGGCACACCGAUGGCUAUACUUCUUUGAAGAAUAUGUGACACAAGCGGACCUUGAUGAGCAUGUCCUGCCUUCGCUCCAGAAAAUGCUUCUCCGCUCGCCAGAGACGGCGUUCUUGGACUUUGGAUUUUUGUGCUCACGCGUCAAUGUGGACAAGGCCGGCAUGCUCUCGCGGUUCCAAAAUGCGAUUCUGUCGUCUUUGGCUUCAUCGAACCUUUCCACAAGGGAGGCCGUGCUGACGAUACGUGAUACCAAUUCGCGGUACCUACACCCGAGGCGGCUUUUGUGGCAUGAUGAUUUGGUCUUCUUUAUUGAGGCGCUUUGCAAGAGUAUCAAGCCGGGCGAUGUGCGUUCUGAAGAGCAGCGCUUGGCGCAGUACUUUUUGAUGAAGCGGAUCCUUGCGUCUCCGAAGAACAGUCCUGCCUUGCUAACGUGCAUGGCGCCCAUCAUCCAGAAGGAGACGCAGCCGACCAGUGUAAAGGCGUCCAUCGAUGCCAUCUUCAAGCAUGUCGAGUAUCUUCUUAACCAGGACGAGGAAGUUCCACCGGUCUUUGUCAAGGCGCUGCUCAGCAAGACCCAUUCGCCGAAAGCACCGAUACGAGCUGCCGCCCUCUGUGGCAUUUAUCCGGCGUUGCGCCUGCUGUCUCCCAGAUCGACAACUCGAGCAUCUCAGAACGAGUCUCGGGUGCGCCUUUUCAAGGAGCUCAUGCCAUCCCUGGGCACGAGCAUCCAGUCGGCCCAGACGGGCGCUCUUACUUCACUUGAAGCGGCGCUGGAAGGAUGCGUCGCUGUGGCUCUUAUUUGGGGACCCUUGGGGCCAGGCCACCCACUGCAUGCUGAGGCUGCAUCGCUCGCCCCGCUGGAUGCGCUCUUGGCGGCGGGCAGCAAACCGUCGUUCCUGCUGAACGAAAAGGUGGCGCACAAGAUGGGGGAGCAUGACCUCGUGCAUUGGCAUGCGAAUGCCUUGAGCUUUGUACUAGCGCGCCAGCCGAUCCAAAAGCUGCACGACAAGGACGUGCAUGCGCAUGUGCUGGCCUUGCUUCGCGGCUAUGUGCAUCACAGUGCGUACGUGGGCAAGGAAUUUUACUCGCCGAAGCUCGUCAGCUCUGCGCAAGAUCAGGUGAAGUUUAUCCUCGAACACAUACGCUCGCAUGACACCUAUCUGGCCCUGGACUUGGCGAGGCAAGUGCUGGGCUCGGAGAACGAUGUGGCGCCCAAAUUGGUGCAGAAGCUGCUCAUGGCCGUCCGGACGGAAGAUCGUGUGCCCGAUAUGAUUGUGCUCGCGCACGCUCCGCAGCUGCUGGGUCUGAGUGACACCUUUUUCGUGCCGCUGUGCCUUGUCAUGGACGCUGAAUUUGACUCGCUCGAUCCGCCCGAGGUCGUCACGCAGCAUGUCGACCACAUGCUGCGCCUCAUCUACGAUGCGCAUGCGGAUCCAGCGUGGCGCGCGUCGGCAGAGGCGGCCCUGUCGACUGUGGCCCUUAUUGCGCCGGAAGUUGUGCUGCCGCGUGUGUGCGGCGAUAUCGUGCGCCACCUGUCGGUCCAGUCCCUCGAGGCAUGGUCCGCACAGGACGUGGCUAUUUGGCGCGCGCCUGGUGACAAGCCGUACGUCGAUGUGCUGGCGUCGCACAAGAGCCAGCAGCCGCUGGACAAGGGACGCACGACGAGUAUGGAUCAGUGGGAUGCCGAGGUGCGUGCCUCGAUCGCUGCGAAAAAAGCGGCCUCGGCGCCCAAGACGCUGUCCCAGCAGGACCAGGCGGCGGUCGAUGCUCAGCUCGCGCGUGAGCGCGAGAUACGUGACUCGAUCGAGCGGGAGCGAACGCACGUGCUGCUGGCCUUGCGCCGCGUACGCACGGUGCUUCGUGUGCCUGUGCCUGACACCGCCACGCACAUGUUCCGCCUCACCAUGGCCGUGUGGACGUGUCUGAAGAGCGAGCGUGCGCGCUCGCUGGGUGUGACGGAGGAAGCUGUGCCCACGCUGCAGGCGCUGUCGCAGGCGUGUGAGGCGCGUGCCAAGGUCGUGUGUGGCUUUAUCUACAGCGCCAUGCUGCGCGACGUGGAUGCAGCGCUGGUGCCGCUGGACUACGCGCUCGAGUCCGGCGAGGAGAUCGAGCUGCGGAUCCUGUACCAGCUGCGCUUCCUGGUCGACGCCGCUCCGCUCGAGCUGGGCUCGUGUGGCUUUGUGGUGCCAUGGCUCGUGCAGCUGGUCGAUCAGAGCCGUCUGGGCGGUGACGAGGCGCAAGAUGACCGGGUCGUCGAGCGGCUCCAGCUGGCCGUCGAUACGUUCGCUGCGCAUGCCGUGUACGGCGCCGACACGGCGUUCCCUCGUGCCGAAACGGUGCGUGCCCUGCUCGUGGUCCUGCGCCGCAUGCCUAUGCUGGUGCAUGACAGUGUGGCAGCGCUGCGUGCGUUUGGCGAGAUGAUCUCGCAUACGCACGAGGGGCAGUAUGCGCUGAUUAUGCAGCUGCUCGAGGCGUGCCUGUCCGAGGAGCGCCGUGAGCGCGAUGGGGCGUUGCAGUGCCUUGUGCCGCUGGACUUGACGGAGCUCGAGUUCUCGCCUGCGCUGUGGCUCGCGAUGCAUUCGGACUUGGCGCCCCUGGCCUCGCAGAUCUGGAUGGAGAAUGCGCUCGAUGUGCCGUCGACGUACGUGUCGUCGCUCGUCCCGCUUCUCCGGCAUGCGCAUGCGUACGUCCGGACGAGCGCCGCGCGCGCCGUGGGCGCCGCGUGUGCGCUGCAUCCCGACACGCUCGGUGCGCUUCUCGAGGCGCUUCGGAUGCUGUACCAUGCGGAGAACUACUCGCUGGCGCCCGAGUACGACCAGUUCGGCAUGGUGAUUGAGUCGACGCUCGGCCGCGAGGACCCGUGGCAUGUGCGCGUGGCCGUGGCGCGCGCGAUCGAGGCGAGUGCGCCGUCGUUCCGUGCCGCUGACGUCGUGCCGUUCUUUGUGUUUGCGCUGCAGCCCGGCACGGCGCUGAGUGAUCGACAUGAGGCGGUGCGGCAUGCGAUGCUCGAGGCGUCGUCGGCUGUGAUUGAUGCGCGUGGCGACGAUGUGCUGUCGGAGCUGCUGUCGCAGCUCGAAGCGAGUCUCGAGAGCGAGCAUGAUGCCGUGACGGAGGCGGCCGUCGUGCUGCUGGGCCGUGCGGCGCGCUACCUGCCCGCGGACAGUGCGCACGUCCGACGCGUCGUUGAGCGUCUCUUGUCGGCGCUGCGCACGCCGAGUGAGCUGGUGCAGGAGGCGGUGGCGUCGUGCCUGCCGGCGCUCGUGCGGGCGUCGGCGGCCGCGAAGGACGUGCCGAGCAUCGUCGACCGCCUGUUUGUCGACCUCCUGCAUGGCGACAAGUAUGCGACGCGCCGCGGCGCCGCGUACGGCCUCGCGGGCGUCGUGAAGGGGCGCGGCGUGAGUGCGAUCCGCGAGCUGCGGAUCCUCGCGCGUCUGUCGGAGGCCGCGCACGACACGAGCACGACGACGACGCGCCAGGGCGCGCUGUUUGCGUACGAGCUGCUGGCGAGCACGCUGCAUGUCCUGCUGGAGCCGUAUGUCGACGGCAUUCUUGCCGACCUGCUCCUGUGCUUCGGCGACACGCACGCGGAUGUGCGUGAGGCGACGCAGGACGCGGCGCGUGUGCUGAUGCGGAGUCUGAGUGGGCAGUGCCUCAAGCUGAUUCUGCCGUCGCUGCUCGACGGGCUCGACGAGAAGCAGUGGCGCACAAAGAAGGGCGCCGUCGAGCUGCUGGGCGCGAUGGCGUUCUGUGCGCCGCGGCAGCUCUCGGCGGCGCUCCCGACCAUCAUUCCGCGUCUGAGCGAGGUGCUGACGGACUCGCAUCGCCAGGUGAGCGCCGCGGCGAAUCAGAGUCUGAAGCAGUUCGGCGAGGUCAUCCACAACCCCGAGAUCCACGCGCUUGUGCCGUCGAUCCUCAAGGCGCUCGUCGACCCGAACGCCAAGACGGCGCUCGCGCUCAAGGGCCUGCUCAGGACCAAGUUUGUGCACUACAUCGAUGCGCCGUCGCUCGCGCUGAUUGCGCCGAUCAUCGAGCGCGGCCUGCGUGAGCGCACGGUGCUGCUGCAGAAGCAGGCGGCACAGAUCGUCGGGCACCUGGCGUCGCUGACCGACGCGCGCGACUACGUGCCGUACCUGGCCAAGCUCACGCCGCUCGUGCGUGUCGUGCUCGUGUCGCCCGUGCCCGAUGCGCGCGGCGUCGCCGCCAAGGCGCUCGGCACGCUCGUCGAGCGGCUGGGCGAAGUGCACUUUGUCGAUCUCGUCCCGUCGCUCCUGCAGGUGCUGCGCACCGACGCGACGGGCGUGGACCGCCACGGCGCCGCGCAGGGCCUCGCCGAGGUGCUCGCCGGUCUCGGCAUGGAGCGCAUGGAGCGCCUCCUGCCGACGAUCAUCGAAAACACGCAGGACAGCACGCCGUACGUGCGCGAAGGCCACCUCGCGCUGCUCAUCUACCUGCCGGCGACGUUCGGCGCGCGCUUCCUCCCGCAUCUCCAGCGCAUCGUGCCGCCGAUCGUCGCGAGCAUGGCCGACGACAUCGAGUCCGUGCGCGAGGCGAGUCUCCGCGCCGGCCGCAUGCUGAUCACGAACUACACGCAGCGCUCCGUCGAUCUCCUCCUGCCGCAGCUCGAGCCGCGCCUCUUCGACACGCGGCACCGCGUGCGUCUCUCGGCGCUGCAGCUUACGGCCGACAUGCUCUUCCGCGUGAGCGGCAUCUCCGGCAAGGCCGAGGUCGAGAACGAGGCGGACGACGAGACGGACGAGGCCGCCGUCGCGGCCUCGUCCGUCCAGCGCACGCUCGUCCACGCCCUCGGCGCCGAGCGCCGCGCCCGCAUCCUCGCGAGCAUCUUUAUCCUCCGCCAGGACCCCAGCAUGCCCGUGCGCCAGACGGCCGCCCACACGUGGAAGGCGCUCGUCCACAACACGCCCCGCACCGCGCGCGAAGUGCUCCCCGUCAUGCUCGACAUCCUGCUCAGCAGCUCGCUCGCGUCCGACGACGCCGAGCAGCGCGAGAUGGCCGGCCGCACGCUCGGCGAACUCGUCCGCAAACUCGGCGAAAAGAUCCUCAGCGAGACCGUGCCGAUCCUCAGCGAGCGCGCGACGCACGCGCCCAAGGCCUCCGUCCGCGCCGGCGUGUGCCGCGCCGUCACCGACGUUUUGUCGAACGCGACCAAGACGCAGCUCGAGGACCACGAAGACGCGCUCAUCGGCGUCGUGCGCCACGCCCUCGGCGACGCCGCGCCCGACGUCCGCGCGGCGGCCGCACACGCCCUCGACGCGAUGCAGGCGCAUCUCGGCACGCACGCGAUCGACGCCACGAUCCCCACGCUCCUCGAGGCACUCGACGACGAGCGCGCGCCCACCGCCCUCGCGGCGCUCACGGAAGUCGUGCGCACGCAGCCCGACAUCGUCUUCCCCGUCGUCGUCCCGACGCUCGCACACGUGCCCGUGUCGGCCUCGCACGCCGCGGCGCUCGUCGCCCUGCUGCCCGUCGCCGGCGCCGCGCUGCCGCCGCAGAUCAGCGUCAUCCUCAGCAGCUUGGCCGCCUCGUGCGACGACGAGACGCAGGUCAGGUACGACGUCGCCGACGCGCUCUUCGAGGCCAUCACAGGCGUCGACGCCCUGCACCAGUGCGUCCUCCAACUCCUCGGCUGGCUCAGUGCCCGCUCGCCGACGCGCCAGGCACUCGCCUGCCACCUGUUCGUGCACUUCAGCCAGCGCGUGACCGUGCCGUGGACCGACUACGAAGUCGACUUUGUGCGCAAACUCGUCUCGCUCUACGAGCACACCGAGGAGCGCGUCUUUGCCGCCGCGCGCUCCGCCCUCGAUGCGUGCCUGCACGCCAUCCCCAAGGAGCACUGGGGCGACCUCGUCGUGCCCCUGCGCCGCGCCAUCGAGUCGACCGGCGCGCCGUCGACGCCCCUCGCCGGCCUGUGCCAGCAUCGCGGCGCAUCGCCAUUCGUGCCCGUGCUCCUGCACGGCCUGCUCCAAGGCACCGCCGAGCAGCGCGAGCAGGGCGCCCUGGGCCUCGCUGACCUCGUCGAAAAGACGACGCCCGACGCCCUCAAGCCGUUCAUCACGGCCAUGGUCGGCCCGCUCAUCCGUCUGUGCGGCGACCGCCACGCGCCCCCCGUCAAAAUGGCGAUCCUCACGUCGCUGCACACGAUGGUGCAGCGCGUGCCGCUCCUCGUCCGCCCCUUUUAUCCACAGCUGCAGCGCUCGUUCCAAAAGGCCCUCUCGGACCCCGCCAGCGCCACAGUGCGCUCACAGGCCGCCCACGCCCUCGGCCGCCUCAUGGGCCUGCAAACGCGCGUCGAAGGCGUCGUCAACGAGCUCGUAAGCACCCUCCAUCGCGCCCUCGCCGAGCCCGAUGACACGGCCGACGCAGCCGCGACGGCCCUCGCCUGCCUCCUCACGCAUGUGCCGCACGACAAGCUCAGCGACGGCGCGCGCGCCUCGAUCGCAGCGUGCCUACACGACGCCUUCCAUGCCGACGAAGAGCCGCGCGAAGCCCUCAAAAAGGCCCUCGCCGACGUCCUCGCCGCGCUCGUCCGCUUCGAUGCGCACGCCGCCGAGCCCCUCCUGUCGGCGCAAGUCCUGCUGCCCGCGCCCGUCGACGUCCACCUGGCCGCCCUGUGCCUCCGCGCCUGCAUGGAGCAGGCCCCCGACGCGCUCUACGCCAUCGCUCGGCCCCCGUCGCUCGUGUCGCAGCUCACCGCGGCCUGGCUCAGCGAGGCGCCGUCCGUCGCCCGCGCCGCCCGCGAAACGCGCGAGAUGCUCCGUCGCUCACGCCCAUGGAACACGGACGACACCGUCCUGUCCGCCCUCUAA